CGUUAUUCAUCGAUAGUAUCGAUAAGCAUUGUGAUAUAAUAUACAAAUAAUGUCGUUCAGUGACAAACUAAAAUAUUAUAGUAAACGAAAAUCGUUUAAAUAUGGUGUGCCCUUCCUCAUCAUGAUGGUGGCCGGCUCUUUUGGACUGCAGCAGUUUUCCAAUUUAAGGUACCAGUACUCCAAGAAGCAGCCGGUGACACCCGAUGAGAUGAAGAAGUACGGCGUGAACAUGAAGAAACGCCAAGAAGUUACGCUGGAAACGGAGUACGACAAAGUAAGGGCCGUGAACAUAGAUGAAUGGGAGAACAAACGAGGUCCUCGUCCCUGGGAAGAGGAGGGACUGUCAUCGCCGGCCAAACAUUAACUAUUGUAUAGUGUAUAAGCACACGUUUAAUAAAGACUGUUUGUUAUAUAUAUUUAUAAAUAAAUAUAA